GAUCAUGACACGAGAACCAGCGAUAUUUAAUAAGGCACAACAAAAAAAACGUAUGAUUGAGUUUGUGUUUCUCCUGUCUCUCUGAACAAACAAAUGUCGGGACCUCAGUGCUGCGAAAACCCGCCGGCUCUUAACCCGGUUUCCGGGUCGGGUCAUGUCGAGAAGCUGGGUGGACUCGAUGCCUACGUCUCCGGUUCUCUCGAUUCCAAGUUGUGCAUCCUCCUCAUUUCUGAUAUUUUUGGGUACGAAGCUCCAAACUUGAGGGCGCUUGCGGAUAAGGUUGCAGCUUCUGGAUUCUAUGUUGUGGUUCCUGAUUACUUCUAUGGAGAUCCUUAUAAUCCCUCUAACCAGGAGAGACAAGUUCCUGUCUGGAUCAAAGACCAUGGCCCUGAUAAAGGCUUUCAAGACACAAAGCCAGUACUUGAAGCCAUAAAGAACAAAGGCAUAACCGCCAUUGGAGCUGCAGGGAUGUGUUGGGGUGCAAAAGUGGUGGUGGAAUUGUCUAAGCAAGAGCUUAUUCAAGCAGCUGUUUUGCUUCAUCCUUCUUUUGUCUCUGUUGAUGAUAUCAAGGGUGGGAAGGUUCCAAUUGCUAUAUUAGGAGCUGAGUUUGAUAAUUUGUCUCCACCAUCACUCUUGAAGCAGUUUGAGGAGAUUCUUGCUUCCAAAUCCGAGGUGAAUAGUUGUGUGAAGAUAUACCCGAAAGUCGCGCACGGAUGGACAGUUAGGUACAACACUGAUGAUCCAGAGGCGGUUAAAGCUGCAGAAGAAGCUCACAAGGAGAUGCUUGAUUGGUUUGUGACUUAUGUCAAAUGAUUGAUCCAUGCUCUCUCUUUAAGUGAUCAUGUUAGCUAUUUGUUUCAUAAAAUGAAAAUAAGGAGAAACAAAAGUAUAAACAGUUGGUUUCUGUCUCUACUCUCUACUGUCUAUAGGGCUUUUGAAGUAUGUUACCAUGUUAUGAGAUUAGUCUGUGAUGCCUUUUGUUCAUCAUUAUUUU